AGGAAUUGCAAAUGAAAAAACAAACUAGCAAAACUGAGAAGGAAAGCAAGACAGAAACUAGGUACAGAACAGACUUAUUUCCAAUUCUAACAGCGUUUGUCACACAGUGUUAAUUUUAAGGAGUUAUUUUAAACAAGGCCAAAUUUUGUUGAAAAUGGUGGGGGAGGUUAGAGCUUAUAACGUCCCGCCCCCCCCCCUCCCCUCUAAAGCCAACUGCGUGACGUAUGCAUGUAGUGUGCAUUUGUAUCAGUGUAUUUAUGAAAUGACUGUAGACUGUAGACUGUACGACUCAUCAAUUAUAUAGUUAUAUUUUGUUAUAGUUAUUCAGCUGUCAUUCGAAAGCUUUCAGAAAUUAUUGAGCAGUAGACUUCUGUAAUACAUUCACAAUUUAUUCACAUUCACAUCUAUUUUUUUUAGUUUACGAAAACAGAUUUUAGAACGCCAAAAUAUGAUUGAAGUUGCACGAAAUAUAUGUCAGGUAAAGGAGCAAGAUUUAUUUAUAGGAUUCUUAGCUGUGUGUGAAAUCCUUGCACUAAGAGUCUUUAAAUUUUACUGUCGUUCCAAUUGAAGUGUUGCUCAAAUAUUGAUUCAAUACAUUACCUCGGGCUGACCAAUUCAUUUCAUCAAGUUCCUCGAGAUAUUCAUACACUUCCUGUGAAAGAGCCAAUUCCAAGUAUUUCAUAAUUUCUGGUCACUUCCUUUCUAUUUAUGAUUGGUUAGUUGCACAAACAACAAAGGUGAUUGGUUUACUAGGAAGUGUAUGAAUAUCUCGAGAAACUUGAUGAAAUGAAUUGGUCAGCCCGAGGUAAUGUAUUGAAUCAAUAUUUGAGCAACACUUCAAUUGGAACGACAGUAAUGCAUGUCAUUAAGUUUUUUGAAGAGUGUAUUUCAAUUGUAUGAAAAAGCAAAGAAAGUCUUUGAAAGUCUUGACAUUCAUUGGUGAGUAUUUGAUAAACGAGUAUGAGAGAUUGCAGCAAGAUCUUCACAAAUAUCGACUCAGAUUUGCAUAAGCUGAGUUUAAGUGAUAAUGAUAAUAAAAGUAUUAUUUUUUGCUUUUGACUUGGUUUACAGGCACUGAUAUUUGGAAGUGAUGUUGACUGGACAGAAGAUGAAGAAUUGAGAGAAAUGGUUCUUAGUUUUGGACAACCAAUCGAUCUUCUGGACACAUGACCACAACUGACAAUAGUACCAUAUGAUGUUUAUAUUGACGUUGGAAAAAGGGCUUGUAAAUAGUUUGUGUAAUUAGUGUAAUUUAAUGUUACAAAUAACAAUUACAAACAUAGCAGCAACUACAGGGAUGACGGUGGCAUGGCCGGAUUUUGUAUUAAAGAAUUCUUUUGAACGAAAAAAUUCUAUUUAAACUGUAUAGUAGUUUGUACGUCUAUAGUACUGUAUAUACAGCC